AGGGGUAAAGAGUGAGCAACCUGUUGCGUUGACAAAAUUGUGAGACUGCGGAAGUAACUUUUUCUCGGUUCAGACGACUCUCUCUCUCUCUCUCUACGGAAUUCAGUUUCCUCUUUUUCUUCUUCUCUCACAAUUAAAAUUCGGCAAUAUCAUAGAAUCUCUAUUUCCCGCAAUUCUUCAUCCUUUUUUUGUUACUCGCUUUCUCAUGGAUCCUCCUACCUCUUGGGACUCCUUGCGAAAGCAGGCACGGAUGCUUGAAGCACAACUGGAUGAGCAAAUGCAUUUGUAUCGUAAAGUUGUUUCAACAAAAGUUGACAGUGCAAAUGAUAAUGAUCUUGAAUCCAGUAUAAAUCAACUACUCAAGCAGCUUCAACAAGUAAAUUCACAAAUGCAAGCUUGGGUUUCCUCUGGAGGAUCUGAGAUCUUUUCUCAUACGUUGACUCGCCAUCAAGAAAUUCUUCAGGAUCUUUUUCAGGAGUUUAAUCAGCUUCGUUCAAGUUACAGAGCUAAGAAAGAGCAUGCUUCACUGCUUGAAGAUUUUAGGGAAUUCGAUCGGACUAGAUUAGAUCUGGAAGAUGGCAAUGGGUCAUAUGAUCAAGCACUCCUUAAUGAGCGUGCUUCCCUUCAUCGGAGUACUGGGCAGAUUGAUGGUGUAAUUUCUCAUGCUCAAGAAACCAUGAAGGGACUUGUGUUUCAACGAUCAACAUUUGGUGGCAUCAAUUCAAAACUCAGCAAUGUCACCAGUCGCCUUCCAACUGUCAAUCAUAUUCUUUCAACAAUAAAGAAGAAAAAAUCAAUGGACACAAUCAUUCUUUCAUUAGUUGCCUCUGUAUGCUUGUUUCUCAUUUUGAUUUACUGGUUGACGAGAUGAAUCAGGUAUUAUGCUGGUCUUUUUGAUAGAGUCGGAUGAGCACUGUCAUUUUUUUUUUUUUAAAAAAAGACAGCCCGGUGUACUAAGCUCUAUACGAGGGGUCCGGAAAAGGGACGGACCACAAGGGUCUAACACAGCCUUAUCCUGCAUUUCUGCAAGAGGCUGUUUUCGCGACUCGGAUGAGCAUGGUCUUUGCUCAUUUUUAUUGUUUGUAUAUUACGCACCAGAGUAUUAUUUUUGUAAUUUUUCAUUCUUAUACAUUUAAGAUGGUUUAUUGAAUUCUAUUAUCAAGCACCCGAUUUUCUCAAAUACAGCUUAUCAAUGCUAAUUCCGGAGAAUUAUUGA